GUUUAUAUGGUGAUCACUGAUUCUUUUGAGACGCCAAGAAUUUUAUUCUUCUAUUGAAAAAGAUUAAAGGUGAAAUUUGAAAAAUAUGGAUCAAAUACGAUCAUCCAUAGUAACAGAGAUGAGACAUUAUCCAUAUAAAUGUUUCGUUUGUGAAGAAAGAAAAAAUUUAAAAAGAUGUUCUGGAUGCAAAAUGAUUUCUUACUGUUGCAAAGAACAUCAAACGCAACAUCGUUCAGAGCAUAAAAAUUUUUGUAAAAUAAUAUCCGAAAUUUUAAAAUCACAAAAAAAAUCGCACAUCUAUGAAAAUAUUGUUGCAUCAAAUUGGUUUAAAGAAAAGGAGAAAAUUAUUCAUGAAGUAAUGAAAAAAUCAAAGCGACCUCCAACUGAAGAUGAAUUAUAUCUUCUCAAUUAUCCACGAUUAUGUUCCAUUUGUCUUGAAGCCAAUCAGGAUAAAUUGAAAACUUGUCCUAAAUGUUUAAUGACAAGUUUCUGUACAAUUCAUUCAAACAAUUCUAUUCAUGAUAAAAAUUGUCGAAUCGAUAGUGAUUUUAAAAAUAAUUUCUCAUCAUCAAUAAUGGAUCCAAAUUUAAAAUCACUCGUCACAUCAAUUGUUAAUGGAUUAAAAAUUUUAAAAUCCGAUGAUUCUACUCCAACAUCAAUGGAAGAAUUUUUUGAAUUCUACACAAAGCAUAAUAAAAUAUUUUUCGACAAUUUAAACAAGAAUUCAGUAGCAUUGCUUUCUGAAAUAUUCAGCAUUCCUUUGACACUGUUCAAUGCAUUGAAAACAGUAUACAGUAAUAUUCCUUCAAAUUUGAUUAUUUUCUUGAAAAUACAAUACGAUGAUAAUAUAAUGAGCAUGAAGUUUUGGGAAACUUUGUUACACUUAUUGCCAAAUGUAAAGAAUUUGAAAAUUAUUUACUUUCCAACUGAUAAUUUAAAUCCUAAGAAAUUGCAAAUUGAUCUCUGCAAGGAUUGUAAUAUUAAGAAGAAAAAUUUAAUAAUCGAAAAUCAACAAUCAUACACUGAUAAUGAUGAACCAUCUUUAAUUGCUGUUUUCGAUUUACAACCUUCGAACAUAAUGGAUUUUUUUCAUAAAAUUGAUUAUUUUAAGACAACAACGAAUAAAUUUACUUGUCCUUUGUUAAUAACGGUUCCAUUUCUUCAGAAUCUAACAGAAAUUGAAUCAUUAAAUUUAUUUACCAGUUAUCGAAAAAUUUACCAUGGAUACAAUGAUUUUUCAUCUUUAAUAGAACAACCAGUUGAUAUUAAAGGUCGUUAUUCACAAUUUAUAACUAUUCUUCUGCCUGAUGAUGAGAAUUUUUAUGAAACUUUUUCAUUUAUUGACAAUGACGCAUCGUAUUAUCAUCAAAUUUGUCAUUUUUGUCAUAAAAUGGAUGGGAAAAUAAUUUGCAAACAUUGUAAAUUUGUUUCCUAUUGCAAUCGCAAACAUCAAAAUCAACAUCAAAUUCAUCAUAAAGAUUUGUGUGAUGUAAUUUGUUGUCUACAACAGAAAAUGAUUGGAAAACAACUUUUUUCUAAUGUAACAACUACAGAUCCUGAGGAAUGGCUACGCAUGAGAAUUGAAAUAUUGAACGAUGUACAAAUGAAAAUUGGAAAAAAAUUGACGAAAUUUGAGGAGGAAAUGUUUCUUUUUCCAAAAAAUUGUGGAAUUUGUCACGAUUGUAACUCGAAUUCGCUGAAAAGUUGCGAAUGUGGGGUAUUUCUUUGCAAGAAACACAAAAACGAUCCUCAACACAAGAAAAUUUGCCAACAAUUGAAAAUUGUUUUUAAAAUGUCUACGAAUCCACUGACAUUCAAUAAAGGCUGCUUUAUUGAAACAAUUUUUUCAUUAUUGAAAGAAAUUUCCGAUAAACUAUUCAAUGGAAAAUUACCAGUAUCGAUGAAAAUGUUGACACCUCCAACAAUGAAUGAAAUUUCAGUAAAAAGUGAUAAUUUAUCAAAAAUAUUAUUCGCAAACACAUUUCUCUCAUCGCCAUUGACUUUAUUCUAUGCAAUUGAAAAAUUAAGCAAAAAAAUAAAUUCAUCAGCAAUCGUAAUUCAUGUAAUUGGUGCAAAACAAGUGAAUUUUGAGAAAAAAUUUCUUUGGGCAUUUCAUUUUUAUCAAGUCAAUGAAAUAGAAAAAUUAAAAUUAAUAUUUAUCGAUGAAGAAUUUUGUAAUUUUCCUGAAAUUGAUGUUAUCAAUAAUUCUGAAAUGAAAAGAAAUAUCAAAAUUGAAGGUCACGCUUUAAAUUACGACAAUUAUUUUUCGAGUAAUAAAUUUAUUAAACCUGACUUUAUUAUUGGAUUUGAUCUCAAUAUUCAUUAUGAAAAAAAAUUACUAUCAACGUCGGAAAAAGUUUCGAAAGAGACAAUUUUAGCAAUGGAAAAAUUAAAAGUUCCCUUUAUUCACACAGCUGGAACUAAAGAACGCGCUGAGAAUAAUCAUAAAAUGAUUUGCGAUAGUUUUGAAAAAUCCAUGAAUUUUGAAUUUUUUGAAGAAAAUCCAUUUGGAUCAUUGUGCCCAGAACGAGAUUUUGAAACUACAGGUGUAAUGUAUUCAAAUAAAUAUAUAAUUGCUUACGAUUGGAAAUUGAAAAAUUCAAGUGAAGGGAUGGAGAAAAUUAAUGCCAAAGAAUUUUUGAAAUUUGAAAAUAUUCAUUUGGAAUCUAAUGAAAAUAAUGUAAACCCCGAAGAAGCAAUUCAAGAGAAUAUUGAAAAGAAUUUGAAAAAUGAAUCAAAGGAAAAUAUUCCCACGAAUUUAAAUAUUGAAAUUAAAGAAAUAUUAACGGAAAAAAUUAACAAUGAUAAUGAAAAUUUGAAAUUUGUAAAAAUGCAUUUUGACACUGAGGAAAAAUAUUCAAAAGAAACAAUUCCAAAGGUAAAAAUUGUGAAAAUUGACAAAAAUCAAGAAAAUGAAUCAGAGAAAAUUAUCUGCGAAAGUGAAAAUGAAAUUUUAUUGACUGAUACAAUUAAUGAAAAUCGUUUAGAAUCGAAGAAUAGUGAAGAAAGUGUUUUAAAAAUUAAAGAAGUGAUUCCUGAGGAAAUCAUCGAAAAGAAACAAGAAAUCGAUACAGAAAAAAUAAAUGUUCUCCCUGAAAGUUUAAACAUUGAGAAAAAAGGAGAUGAGAAAAUCGAAAAAAAUAAUUUACAAUCUGAUGAGGUUUGUUCGAAAAUUUUAAUUCAAGACAGAAAGAAAAUAAAAAUUCAACGAGGUAAAGGAAUUAUAAAACAACGAGAAAAAAUUAAUGUUAUUUCUGAGAAUAUUAGAAAAAUUAAACAAGAAUCACUGUCAGAGAAAAUUGAUAAAAAUGAAAGCUUACAAGAGGAAAAGAAAAUUAUUGAAAAUAAAAGCUUACAAGAAGAAAAGAAAAUUAUUCAAAAUGAAAACUUACAAAAGGAAAAGAAAAUUAUUGAAAAUAAAAUCUUACAAGAGGAAAAGAAACUUAUCAAAAAUGAAGACUUACAAAAGGAAAAGAAAAUUAUCGAAAAUAAAAUCUUACAACAGGAAAAGAAAAUUAUCGAAAAUAAAAGCUUACAAGAGGAAAAGAAAAUUAUCAAAAAUGAAGACUUACAAAAGGAAAAGAAAAUUAUCCAAAAUGAAAACUUACAAAAGGAAAAGAAAAUUAUCGAAAAUAAAAGCUUACAAGAGGAAAAGAAAAUUAUGAAAAAUGUAGACUUACAAAAGGAAAAGAAAAUUAUCAAAAAUGAAGACUUACAGAAGGAAAAGAAAAUUAUGAAAAAUGAAGACUUACAAAAGGAAAUGAAAAUUAUCGAAAAUAAAAUCUUACAACAGGAAAAGAAAAUUAUUGAAAAUAAAAGCUUACAAGAAGAAAAUAAAAUUAUCCAAAAUGAAAACUUACAAAAGGAAGAGAAAAUUAUCGAAAAUAAAAUCUUACAACAGGAAAAGAAAAUUAUUGAAAAUGAAAAUUCUAAAGUUGAAAAAAUGAUUCCAGAGACAAACCAGAUUAUUGACGAAAAUCAGAAAGAAGAAAAUGAAAAUUUAAUGAGCAAAGAAGAAACACUUGUGGAACAAAUAAUUCAACGCGAAGAUUCGAAAUUAAUUGAACCCGUCGAUUUUGAAAAAAAUGAUUCAAAAAUUGUGGAAAUUAUCAUUGAAACAAAGGAAAUUAUUCAAGAAACCGAAGAUAAGAAACCGGUAGAAAUAAAAAUUACCUCUAAUGAUUCAAUGGACGAAAACUUAUCAUCAGCCAAACAAAUUUUGUCUCUUCAAAUCGAGAAUGAAAAAUUGAGACAGGAAUUAAAUUUAUCGGAAAAAUUAAAUGAAAAACUAAAAAAUCAAAUUUUAGUUUAUCAAACAAUUUAUCCAAAUUUCAUGGAUAAAAGUAAUUUGAUAAAAGAAGCAUUGGAGUGUAUUACAAAAAAUAUAACUUCAGCAUUCGAGAAAGAAUAAAAGGUAAAAAAUAGUUUUUAACAUUGAAAAAUGUUUAAUUAUUUUAAUUUUGUUAUUGUGUUACUAAUUUAAUAAGUUUAAAUUCCCUUUUUAAGUUAUAAAACACACGAAAAAUUUUUUGUUGAAAAAAAAAUGUCAUUAAUCAAAAGGGAAAAAAAGUUUAAAAAAUAGUUUUUAACAUUGCAAAAUGUUUGUAAUGUUACAAAAAUAGAUUUAAUAAGUUUAAAUUCAGUUUUGUUACAAACACACAAAUAUUAUGUUUUUAUUGAAAAAAAAUAUAACUUUAGCAAUCGAGAGAGAGAAAACGUUAAAAAUAAUUUUCAACACUGCAAAAUGUUUUUAAGAUUAUUAUUAUUAUUAUGUUACUAAAAUAAAUUUAAUAAGU